GACGGAGGAGUCCUGAAGCUCUCCGGUAGGUGGUUCCACCGCAGAGGUGGGCUAGGGAAGAGAAGGCGCGGGCACGGGAGAAAGGAGAAUGAAUGGAGAAUGGAAGAUGGAGGGAAGGCACCAACAGUCGGACUGUGGUUGGCUGUGAUGAGAAAAACCGACCUAGCCAAUCAAAAGUUCUUUACAGUCGCUGGAAAUUUGCGCGAAGGCCAAAUUGAAUGCACAGCAAGAAAAGGCUGCAGUAAGGAUAGGAGAAGUAGAGGAACAUGGGAAUUCCAGGUCUGCUGCAGUUUAUCAGUGAAGCCUCAGAGUCGGUCAAUGUGAAGAAGUAUAAAGGCCAGACUGUCGCUGUGGAUACUUACUGCUGGCUGCACAAGGGAGCCUUUUCUUGUGCAGAGAAGUUAGCCAAAGGAGAACCCACAGAUCAAUAUGUAACUUAUUGCAUGAAAUUUGUGGAUAUGCUCCUCACUUCUGGUGUGAAACCCAUCUUGGUUUUCGAUGGAUGCAAUUUACCUUCGAAACAAGAAGUGGAGAAGUCACGCAGAGAGCGUCGGCAGAUGAACCUGCAGAAGGGGAAGCAGCUGCUUCGAGAGGGAAAGCUGUCUGAGGCCCGCGAGUGCUUCACACGCUGCAUCAACGUCACGCCAACCAUGGCCCAUGAUGUUAUCAAAGUUGCCAGGGCUCGUGGUGUGGACUGCGUUGUUGCUCCUUAUGAGGCAGACUCUCAGCUGGCCUUCCUAAACAAGAGCGGGAUCGCACAGGUAGUGAUUACUGAAGACUCUGACCUACUGGCUUUCGGCUGCAAGAAGGUGCUCUUGAAAAUGGACAAAUUUGGAAACGGACUGGAGAUUGACCAGGCCUGUCUUGGGAAAUGCAAACAGCUGGGAGACAUGUUUACUGAGGAAAAGUUCAGAUACAUGUGCAUCCUCUCAGGCUGUGACUACCUGGCAUCUAUCUCUGGUAUCGGUUUGGCCAAAGCCUGCAAGCUACUGAAGAUGGCCAACAACCCUGACAUAAUAAAGGUGAUUAAGAAAACUGGUCAGUACCUAAAGAUGAAUGUAACUGUGCCAGAUGAGUACAUUGAAGGCUUCACCAGGGCAAAUAACACUUUCCUUUACCAGCUGGUCUUUGACCCAAUCAGCAGACGACUUGUUCCUUUGAACCCAUACCCAGAUGAUAUGGACCCUAAAACACUAAGCUAUGCAGGGCACCAUAUUGGGGAUAAGGAUGCUUUUCAAAUUGCUCUUGGGAAUGUGGAUAUCAACAACAUGGAAAUGAUUGAUGAUUAUAACCCAGAUACUGCGAAGCCUGUGAAACCAAAGAGCCGUGGUUGGAAUGACUGGAGUGCUCCUUGUGAGCUCAGUAUAUGGAGUCGGGGUUAUUUACCUACUGGCAGCCUCCUAAAGAGCUUCCAAUCUCAGUCAAAAAUGGAGGCAUCUCCAGAGAAACCCUCUACCAAAGGACUAGCGAAGGUGAUCAGCACCAAGGGAUUAAAGCUUCCAAGCAGGGAGAAUCUGGCCAAGAGGACAAGGGAGGAAAAUGGUAUUUCUGAGACAGACCUGCUUAGUCAGUAUUCAUUCUCGUGCAUGAAAAGGUUUAAGAAAGAAGAGGCUGAAGUUCCAUUAAGUACUAAGUCCCCUGGACAAGGCACAGGCUCUAUGACUGGAACGAGCUCUCCAGUCGAGAGCGUCUCUCCUUCAGCUGGGAAGCCUGGCUCACAGCCCAUGGUGCGAAACAGGUUUGCCACGCUGCUGCAAAGGAGGAACCAGGAAGAAGGGGCCACUGGAGUGCCAGGGACACAGAGCAGGUUCUUCAGUAACUCAAGUUCUAGUGGAGGUUCUGCAGUCAAACAGGAAAGUGCAGUAAAAUCUGAGGAGCUGCUAGUUCCAGAGAAGGGGAAUUCCAGUCAGUCUAAUGAGACACCUGACUUACUGACAUUGAUAGACACUGACAAUAAAGAGGAGGAAUCCAGGACACCUGCUGUCACUAGCCUCAUUCCCCAAAGCUCUCCGUCUCCUCCCUCAGGGAGAGGUACAGGUGUCUUUGGCUGGUCAGGAAGUCUAGCUGUGAAAGCAGAGGCUCGCUCUUCUUCUGGUAUCUUUUCACUGCAGCAGUUCCAUAGGAUGAAGGACAGCAGCCCCUACUGGGGCAAACCACAUACAGAACCCUCUGCAUUAUUAAAUAAACUGAGUGAAGAGGAUUGCCCAUGCCAGGAAGCAGAAGAAUCGGACAAUGAUGACCAUCCCAGGAGCGAACGGGGAAGCUUCCCUCAAUCUCAGGGUACAGGCUACCCAUCUCGGGACAGCCUGAGCUCCAGUGGGGUACCUCUGUUUUCCCAGACAUCCCAAAGGAAGAUGGAUUUUAUUGAAAUCAGGAGUUGUCAAGAAUCAAAUGCUAGUGAACAUGCCAGUUGCUCCCCUGAACUGAAUGAAAAAAGGCAUAGCGGUACCAGAACUAAGGUCUCGGGGUUGCUCAGAGUAAGUCCUGCAGGUUCAGGAAAGACCAGUAAAAUCAAGCUCUCCGGACCAGCCAAAGCAAGCGGGCUCAGUAAGAGGUCCUCUCAGAAGAAGAAAGUCGGGGUCAGUGACGAGAACCAACCGGCCUUGCAGGUCACAAUCCGUGAUUUGUGGAAGAAUUUUGGAUUUAAAAAAGGAAAAGAAAAGAUUAGUCCUUUGAAGAAAGCAGAGCCCAUGUCCCCAGUUAAGAACAAUUGUCAAGCACUCAGUCCAAACACUGACGAGGACAUCUUCAACAACCCAGAGUGUUUGAAUGUUCAGAGAGCCAUUUUAUGCUGACAGUCAUCCUUGAUACAGCAUUCCUUGUUAAAUGCAAUGUUUUGUAUUAAACAUGUUUUCGUAUA